AUACAGAAUGCAGGAGACACUGAGAGCACGCUGAAUAUCCUCAAUGUCCUGGACGAACUGCUGUCAGCUGGUACAGAUCGUCGUAUCCACUACAUGAUCAGUAAAGGCGGCAGUGAGGCCUUGCUGUCUGCCCUGGUAAACACUGGGCGCAGUCUCAGCCCCAACUACACUGUACUACUGCCACUACUGCACCUACUGGCAAAAGUUGGGCACAGAGACCGUCGUAUAGGUGUUAAAGCGGAGGAUGCCGAUGCUGUGCGGCUGGUGCUGAAUCUGUUGAAUCACAACAGCAAUCAUGCCAGGAGGGCUGCAGCCUGCCUCUGGGUCAUCCAGGUCUUCUGUUCGUCUGUUUCCACAGCAAACCUGAUUGGGGAGAACCGUGGACUGGACGUAAUCUUCCGCCUCAUCCCUCCAUAUACCACCAAACAUUUGUGCACUAUCAAGGCAGCGAUUGAUGCCUUAGCUGCUCUGCUGAGCACAAAGGCUAAUGUUCACUCAGCGGUAUCUAAGGGUUACAUCUCUGGCUUGUUGGGACUUUAUGAAGAAUGGCACAGCAAGGAUAUAGAGCAUGUCGCCAUUGCGAUCCUACAAGCACUGCUGCGCUGCCUGCAUCAGGCCCUUCACACCACUGCAGGCAGACAGGCUUUCAUAUCCCAAGGAGGCAUGAAGCUUCUAUACCAGACUACACAGACAUGUUUGUUCACUAAAGACCUGGAGUCUCUAGUGGAGCCCUCUGUCCAGCUGAUGAGGAAAUGUUAUCCUAAAUCUCCUCUACCACUGACAUCAGAUCAUUCUGUCUAUUCCUUUCCCUUGCCUGGAAGACCAGAAACAAACCUGGAUACCGAUUUGGAAGUUUAUGUUAGCUGUGAGGACAGCGAUGAUGAAGAGGAUGAAGAAAACCAAGAGGCAGAUAGCAAAGACAAGGACUAUGAUGAUGACUUGGAGACGGACCUGAACAAACUUGGCCAUCGUCCUGAGCCAGACAGACCUAAAGAGCUUCUGAAGCAAUACAGCCAACUUUGUCCUGAACUCACACAUGAUUUCCAGGAGCUGGACUCAGGUUCAGAGCUCGCGGAAAGUUCACCAUCAUCAUCCUCCUCAGACGAGGAAGCUCUGCUUCUCAACAGCUACUCCAGGAGGGACAGGAGGAGGAGCAAUGCCACAGCUGAUUCCUUCACCUGCUCCGCAGAGCCACAGAUUUCUGCUGAAGGAUGUGUACAAGCUGCUGCCCAGUUGGAAGUGUGGGAUUUCCAUAGUCAUAACAGUGUCCUCAGCAGCAGCCCCAGCUUUUGUACUAAAAGGAGGGAAACAAGGGGAAAAGCUACUCAAGGUGAGAAAGCUGAAGAGGAUGAUGGAGAAGGAGGAGAGGAGGCCCAUCAUCAUAGCAUGGUGGACAGGUUAUUGGAGAAACUUGGUGCAUGUAUCCCCAACCACAAUCCCAAACUGUAUCGUGCUGCUGCUGCCCAAACCAAGUCCGUCCCAGGAUUCAACACUCUGGCCUUCCCUGACUUCUGGGGUCACCUGCCACCACCAGGGCAUGAACCAAUGGCACCACGCAAACCCAAAGUGCAGAGGCAAAAGGUGUUAGAGGAUGUUCAGCGCUUCCUGAAUCCUGAUGACAUCAUCAACCAGGUUGUUUUCAACCUGGAAGACAACAGUCCUUGGGGUUUGUCUGAUGAGCCAGACUCGUUGAAGUUCUUCUCCAGUUUUGAAUGUGGAAACCUUAGGAAAGCUAUUCAGGUCCGCAGAUAUGAAUAUGACCUCAUACUGAAUGCAGAUGUUAACUGCUCCCAGCACACCCAGUGGUUUUACUUUGAAGUCAGCAACAUGGUGGCCAAUGUCCCUUAUCGCUUCAAUGUCAUCAACUGUGAGAAGACCAACAGCCAGUUCAACUAUGGCAUGCAGCCAGUGCUGUACUCAGUGAGGGAGGCACUGGAAGGCAGACCAUCCUGGGUCAGGACUGGAACUGAAAUCUGUUAUUUCAGAAACCAGUUCUGUCCAGCUAAGGGAGGAAAGAGAGUGACUUUUUACACGUUGACCUUCACCGUGACCUUCAAACACAAUGAGGACGUCUGCUACCUGGCUUACCAUUAUCCUUAUACAUACUCUUCACUGCAGACCCAUCUUCAGGCUCUGCGGCAUUCAGUGGACCCUGCCAAGGUGUUUUUCCGGCAGCAGACUCUGUGUACCAGUUUGGCUGGAAACCCCUGUCCACUUCUCACUAUCACUGCUUGUCCUGCCAGCAGGGGAUGGAGAGACAUACACCAGCUACGUAAUCGGCCUUGUAUUGUGUUGACAGGGCGAGUCCAUCCAGGCGAGUCAAAUGCCAGUUGGGUGAUGAAGGGCACCCUGGAGUUUCUGUGCAGCAACAAUCCAGUGGCACAGAGUUUGAGGGAAGCCUUUGUUUUCAAAAUCAUCCCCAUGCUCAACCCAGACGGAGUUGUCAAUGGCAUGCAUAGAUGUGAUCUGAAUGGUGAAGAUCUGAAUCGUCAGUGGUGUAAACCCAACCCAGUCCUCAGUCCAACCAUCUACCAUACCAAGGGCUUUCUCUACCAUCUCAGCAGUAUUGGACGUUCUCCACUGGUUUUCUGUGAUUACCAUGGUCACUCUAGAAAGAAGAAUGUCUUUCUUUAUGGCUGCAGUGUAAAAGAGACUCUCUGGCAGUCUGGCUCAGCUGUUGACACUGUAGGACUGAAGGAAGACCCUGGAUAUCGGACAAUACCAAAGACCUUGGAUCGUAUUGCACCAGCCUUUUCCUUCAACAGCUGCAACUACCUGGUGGAGAAAUCUCGUUCGGCCACAGCCAGGGUGGUUGUAUGGAGAGAGAUGGGUGUGCUAAGAAGUUAUACCAUGGAGAGCACUUACAACGGUUGCGACCAGGGAAUAUACAAGGGCUUACAGAUGGGCACUAGGGAGUUAGAGGAGAUGGGAGUCAAGUUCUGCCACAGUCUGCUCUCGGUGAGAAGAGACACUACCCCACUUUACAGCAGGAAACUCAUCAACCACAUCGACCUGGAUGACAACAUCCUCGACCACAAAUCGCACGACUGUUUUGAAGAUGAUGAGCCUCCAUGUGUCGAAGAGAUUGAAUAUUCCACAAAUGGCUGUCCAGCACUUAAAACAGCUGAACUGGAUUCAGACAUCAAUGGCAACAUAUCGAGCACUGAGGAAGAGGAAGAGGGAGAGGAGGACAAAGAGCUUAGGGGAGCAAACCUCAGCCAAGGGGGCAUCAGUCAAUCACACCAGUCAAGCUUGAAGUCUCACCUUUUCCCUCACUUGACUGAAAAGGCGUCAACAGAGACGCAAAAUAUUAAGAAGAGCUCAUGUAAUGGUGUGAGCAGUGGACAGUACCUGAAUUGAAGCAGGGUUUCCCCCAGCAAAGUGCUUAGGUGAGGCGGGGCCAACCACUGAAGGAUUUAUCCUGUUUAUCCUGUAUAGCCUACAAAACAUCAUUAAAAACAAUUAGACUGAAUUAAAAAUAUAGCACUUAAUAUUUUUUAGUAAUUUCUUGGACUGACCAUGUUCUGUUCUGUAUAAUCAACUAUCCAUUUGGGCCUCCAUCCAGACAGGAAACCAGGCUUUUUCUAGGAUGUUGCAGCCUGGGAUGAAAUGUAAAUGGUCACCAAAAAAAGUGCACCAAUCAGAAUUGGCCCCAUCUAGGCCAGAUCAAAAAUCCACCAAUCAUUCUGAAGUUUAAAUUGAAAUCAGCCCACCCAUUUAGCAGCUCUGUGAGUUUGCAGCCAGUAGCUGUGUCCCAAAAGUCCAUGCUCAUUCUAACUAGGUUUUCAGUAAGAAGUGUGUUCACACAGUAAAAAUAUGAAAAAGCUGUAUAGUCCAGAAUGUCAAUAUACGUAAUCAACUGACUCAGUGUUAAAAAUUAACUGAAAUAUCUGUUGAUGUACUGUUUUUUUUUUUUUGUAUUUGUUUGUUAGUAGUUUUUAAAAUUUUAGAAGGUCACAUGCAUUAAAUUUCCUGUUAGUAAAAAACAAUGUAGUAUGUUUAAUUUCUGUCAUAUUAACUGUGAGAGCAGGAUACUAUUGAGAUUGUAUACAGUGGGUGCUGUUUAGAAUUAGUAUGUAGCAUGCUUUUGGGACACAGCUAUUAAUAAUGCCAAGGAGGAGGGUGGGGCAAUCAAAUUUAUGAACCAAUCACCAGCCAGUCAGUCAUUAAUAAUUAAUUAAUGUCUCCGGCUUGUUAGAUUCUGGGCCCUGUUAUUAUGCUUGCAUUACGCCAGCCUUAGGCUAGUUUUGCUGUUUGGGGAUUUUUGUGGUCUAAAGUGAGAAUGAGAGCAAAAGUUAGAAUUCUGAGAUUAAAGUCAGAACACUUUUGGUUAAAUAAUUUUUUAUUCCGUAAAUAUCGCCAUAACCUUUGCUCAAAAGAUGGUCUUUGUGAAAACAUUGUGCCCUAUGCCUUUUUUUGAGGCACAGUGGCACGACAACCUCCAAAAUCCCAUAAAUUCCUUCACAUAUGUUAUGUUUACUUGUUUCACACGGAUAUAAAUUCUCUAGGCAGUAGAAACCACUUGCACAUAAAUAAUAUGAUUUUAAUUUGAUUAUGGUAAUAAUACAAGUAAAACUGAAUGUGCAAAUGCCUGAUUCUUAUCUGUCCUCCACA